AUGGCUUCCGUCCCGUCACCCAUAGACAACCCUCCGGCGACGGACAGCGGCGACCUGCCAGGUACGCCGCAUGACGGCCUCGAGGCCGAGAUGGACCGUGAUGGAACCACCGCCGCCGCGGCCAUGCCGUCUACUAGCCAUGCUGCCGCACAGUCAGAUCCUCUGUCGGCGUCUUGGGGCAACGAGCCCUUAUCAGAGGCCGCCAGGAAAAAAGUCGCCCGCAUCCUGGCCGCUUGCCGGGAUCGAGACCUCGAGGCUCUGUCUGAUCUGGCCACGUCCAAAGGAGGCUUGGUCGAAGACGAAGUCCGUCGAGCCGCAUGUACGCCCCCCCUCACACUGCUUCUCUGCACGUAUCGCUGUCAUUUCCACGCCUGCUACCGCUAGACUGCUCCUGCCUUGCCUUUCACAGGCCCAGUGUCUGUUGCGUGCUCGUCAAACGAAUCGUCCGCAGAUAUGCAAAGUCGCUAGAAUCCCUACAAGAUGAAAUCCGAGGCUUACACCGUAACGCAGGGCCCAUAUUACUUGCAUGUGAUCAUCAGCCGCGGCCUACAAGCGUCGAUUGGUCGAGACUGGAGCGGCACAGAGACGAAGACCAGGUGGAAUUGGACGUCCAUCGGUCCUUUGUCUACUAUCCCGAGAGUAAGACGCAGCUUCCGACCUGACAUUGCCCAUGCUAACCGCUCGCAAAAAGACGAGUCUCGCCAGCGCCUAGAUGCACGCAAAGGCGAGUUAUCCAACGUAAUAACAGCGGUUCUGCGUCAGCACCCAAUCCUGUGCUACUUCCAGGGCUACCACGACAUCGUACAGGUUCUCCUCCUCGUCCUUGGAGCCGAUGCGGCGGUAUCGGCUGUUGCACGCCUAUCAUUGCUGCGCAUCAGAGACUUCAUGCUGCCAACCUUGGCUGCUGCAGAAUGCCACCUUCACCUUCUCCCAGCUAUCCUGUACUCUGCAGACAAGACGCUCUACCAGCACCUCUCUGGUGCCACGCAGCCCACUCCAUUCUUUGCUCUGGCUGCAACUCUGACCUUGUAUGCACAUGACAUUGAGGAGUAUGGAGACAUUGCGCGACUCUUUGACUACUUACUGGCAAGUGAGGCUGCCGUGCCUGUCUACCUCUUCGCUGUUGUGGGUCCAAUCACUCCAUGUGCUCUCUUGUUGCAUUACAGCUGAUCUUGUGAUUGACUCAGAUCGUCAUCUCCCGUAAAAAGGAGUUGCUGGAGAUCGACCAUGACGAGCCGGAAAUGCUGCAUUCAAUUCUCUCUAAGCUACCCAAACCCCUAGACCUCGAAGGGCUGAUCACCCGGACACAGGCCUUGUUCAAGCAGUGUCCACCCGAGCGCCUUCCCAACCGCGCAUGGAGCCGCAUCAGCUCGUACAGCGUGCUCAAGACAACGCGAGUCCCGCAAGCACUGGCAGCACAAACCCUCGAGGAUGGCGAGAAGCUCUUCGAAAAGCAGGCGUCCGAAAUUCGUAGACAGGAGCAGCUCAAGCUGGUACGACACCGGGCCUCGGCGCUUGCGUAUCGCUACCGGCGCUCAGUAGGCUGGACCAGUGCUGCGGUUCUGGUAGCGCUGCUGGCGUUGUACUACGGGAGGUCUGGUGCUGCAGGUAACUUCGAUGGGUGGUCCACACUCGCAUCCACCGUUAAGUACAGGAUGGUGGAGAUGGCGCGAAAGAUCAGCUCUGCAAAAUGGAGGUGA